UAAUUUCCAACAUAUAUAAAAACGUGCUCUCUGACAUCAACAACGUGGUGAAAAUAUACUAAAACAAUAAUAUAUAAGACAAGUGAUUAAUAAAAAUGAAAAUAAUAACCGAAAGUGAAGGUGUCAAAAAACGCAAACGAGUUUCGAAAAGAAAUAAAAUAUCCUGGCGUAAAAAUAUCGACAUCCAGGAUGUUGAUGACUUUCUUGAAGACAAAAGGUUAGAGGAACGUCUGGGUAAACCAUUUUCCAAAAGAACAGCCGCCGAAUUAUUUACCGUUGACACUAAACCCGACAACAAACUCGGAAAUCUCGAAAAUGUGCCCGAGAUAACCAGCAAAGCUGCUUACAGACUCGCACUCCGUAAUUCGGAGCCAAAAUGUUAUUCCUCAUUGAAGUCAACUUCAGCGGUACCAGAUCCCAUCGCAAAACGAAAUCGCGUAAGGACACCCGAGGAACGUAAGAAUCCAAUAACGCGGCGAAUUGAAAUGACCAGAAGAUUGAACGGUCAGUUGAAGUUGAAGGAAAGAAACGCUAUUGAGAACAAACGUUUGGCUGAAGCUAAAAGAAACAGCAGACCAAAACGUGGGGAAUAUAAUCUUGAUGCCUGGGAUAUUACACCUGAGCAAGUCACCGAAUUAAAUUCGCAAAUGGACACACAGUGGCUGAGUUCCGAUACUAUUAGACAUACUCUGGCUAACAAGGGAUUAAACAAACGUAAAAUUCCUGGUUCCGUUCAUAAAAAAACUUCUGUUCUACCAGCAGUUGAACCUCCGCACCCUGGAAUGUCUUAUAAUCCAUCGUUUGAAGAUCACCAGGAUUUACUGAGGAAAGUCGCUGAAAAAGAGAUGAAAUUAAUCAAGGAAGAGAAACAUCUUGAGAGAGUCACCACCAAAAUGUUUAAGAAAGUAACGCCGGAACAACAAACAGACAAUUGGCUGAAAGAAUCAUCUGAAGGUCUAUCACUUGGAGACAAAGAAAAGACUGAGAAUGAGAAAAAUAAUGAUGAUGGUGAUGAUGAUGACGAUGGUGUUUUGAAGGCAGUAAACCCGCCGGUUAAUAGAAAGAAAAAGACACUUGUGCAGAGACGGAAACAGAAAGAACAGAGAAAGUUGAAGCUGGAGUUGAAGAAAGGAAAGAUGGAGAAGAAGAAAGUCAGUGAUUUGUACAGACUGAAGAUGCUGGAGAAGAAGAUCGAGGUGAGCGAGCGCGAGAAGAAAAUUCUACAUGAGAAGAGAGAGAAAUUAAAUGCCAGGAAAGCUCUUGAGCCGAAGGUCCUGUCCAAGACCAAGUACGAAGAGCCGGAGCUUGACUUCCAAAUGGGACAUGAGCUGACUGGUAAUUUACGCAGCACCAAACCCACCACGAGUUUGCUCAGUGACCGGUUCAAGUCUUUGCAGCAGAGGAGUAUUGUCGCUCCCAGUAGACGUAUAUUGGGACUCAAUAAGGCUAAAGUUAAAAAGUUUAUUAAAGCCGAUCACAAAAUUACGAUGCCCAAGACUAAGAAAAAUAAAUAAUUUUAUGUUUUUUUAUUUUAUAUUAUUGCUGGCGAUUAAAUGGAAAUUAAAUUUUAA